CAACCGCAACCGCAACCGCAUCACCGCUACCGUUACGACGACCGCAACCGCUUUUCAAAACCUUGUUUGGACUUGAUGUUGGAGGACAUUUUCAAAAUUCCCAACUUCAACAAGACAUUUGAAAAGGCAAUUGCGGUGCAUGGUUAUAUUGUGAACUACUCUGGUUUGUUGAAUAUGAUGAGGCAAUUUACCCAGUGCAAGGAUUUGAUCAAGCCAUCAAAAACUCGAUUUGCAACUGCUUUUCUAACUUUAUCAAGAAUUCAUCAACAACAAACCAACUUGAAGAAGAUGUUCACUUCAAAGGAAUGGACCACAAGCAAGUGGGCGAAGGAACCACAGGGUAAAAAGAUAGCACAAGUCAUAUUAAUGCCUUCUUUUUGGAACACUGUUCUUUAUGCUCUCAAAAUAUCAAGUCCUCUUGUUCGUGUACUGCGAUUGGUUGAUGGUGAGAGAAAGCCUCCCAUGGGAUAUAUUUAUGAGGCAAUAGAUAGGGCUAAAGAAGCCAUUGCAAAAUCAUUUAAUGGAAAUGAAGAGAAAUACAAGGAGGUUUUUGAAAUAAUUGACAAUAGAUGGAAUGUUCAAUUGCAUAGGCCUUUGCAUGCAGCUGGGUAUUAUUUAAACCCAGAGUAUUUUUACGCAAAUCCGAAUAUUGAGAAAGAUAAGAAAGUCAUGUCAGGCCUGUAUAAAUGCAUAGAAAGGUUGGUCCCAAACAAUGCGACACAAGAUAAAGUUUGCGCAGAGUUGACUACCUAUAAGAAAGCUGAUGGUCUCUUUGGGAUGGCUUUGGCCAUUAGACAAAGAACUACAAGGACACCAGGUGAUCUAUAUUUUAUACUUAACUAAUUUUAGUUAGUUUAUUUAUAUUUUAAA